AUGUUACAUGUAUCGCGGCAGUAUCCACACGCACACUAUACGAGUCGUGAGAAGCCAGAGGUGCCGGAUUAUAACCAGAAAGCGGGCAAUCUCAAUAACGGGCUGAAGUUUAGCGCAAAGCUCACAGACUUCCCCUCGCCAUUCGUCGCAGGCUUGGACGUCGACAUGAUAGUCCAACCAAAUUGGCUACGCGCCAUGAUGCCACAUCUUCUCAACGAUCCCAAGAUGGGGAUGGCAUGCCCGCCACAGUACUUUUGGAACAUUCCGCUCGACGAUCCAGUGCGACAGGAUCUCGAUUACUUCUAUGCCAUGACGGAGCUUAUCCAUGAUGGGCUCGGCGCAGGCGAUUGCGUUGGGUCCGGGUAUCUGGCGCGCAGGGAAGCAAUAGAGGACAUUGGUGGCUUUCCUACAUACUCGAUCAGUGAGGACACUGCUUGUAGCUCCAUGCUCCUCGGGAAAGGCUGGUCAGUAGCUUAUAUCGAUGAGUAUUUGCAAUGCGGUGAGAUGCCGGAUACUCUGUCUGGUCAUAUCAAACAGCGGACGAGAUGGACCAUUGGGAAUGUUCAAACAGCGUUCAAGAUCAACUUUCGCCUUUGGGGCCCGACUGUCCCCUUCUGUAACGCCCGCCAACGCCUCGCCGGCUACGUUUUUGGUGCAGGAUCUGUGGUGAACAGCGCACUUAACUGGUUGGGUUACAUCGGUCUUCCACUUGCACUACUAGCUGGCUAUCCUUUCGUAGUCUACUACGAGCGCUGGCAACUCGCUUGGCUUCUGCGACUCGUCUGCAUUUGGAUUUUUGCUGAUACGGCGCACAAGAUGAGUCUGGCGUUGUUUGUUGGGUAUCGGGACGCGAUGCGCUGGGAUCAAGCCGACGUUUGGCUUAUUCCGUACUAUACGCUUUCUCUUGUUCGCGGUAUGGUACUUCCGACACGCUUCGGUGGGACAAAGCCUGGAUUCACGCCGAGUGGAAGCCUCUCUCUGGAGAUCAAAGAACGUGGGCCGAGGCCUUCGGGCUUUUUCAGCCGCUUACGUGCGAUACUCUUCCAACAGAUGGUCUGGAUACACGUCUGCUUCAUUCUGGCUUGCAUCCUCGGUGUGGUACUUAACAUUGUACGUUGCUUCGACCCGGCAGAUCAAAUCAGCACUGCGUACUCGGCGGCUGAGGUCGUUCUCUCAGGCCAUGAUCGAUGGGUAUUUCUGCUUACCAGGAUCGGAUGGCCGCCGGUGUGGUGGCUCGGACAGCUGGCCAGCUGUUGGAUUCCGGUACAUUACCUGAUCUGGCCACCGAACGAAGUCACCGCCGACGAGGCAUUGCAACUGGAUGAGAAACGUGGCGUACGAUACCCGAAGGAGGAAUACUCCCGCCCACAGAGGACGAAUAUGGGAAGACCUACCGACCAUGUGACUGCGAUAGUGUUUGUGUAUUCGGUUGUGUGUUUCGCCGGGUCAUUUUAUGUCUAG